AUGGCUGUCGGCUGUUGGCAAGACAAGGGCCGCACAAAGCACGAGGUCUGGCGGCAGGGUUGGUUUGUCGGGCGCGUGGGAGGAAGGCAGGACACGCGCGGCACGGGAAAAAGCAAAAAGGGGCCAGACACGGCGCAGGUGGCAGCACGGAAGGCAAGGAAAGAAAACGACGGCGCACGGAAGGCAAGGUUGAAGAUGCCUCCACGACAAGAUCCAUCUAAUGCUCAGUUGGCUCAAGCCAUGGCUCAGCUGGCCCAAGUGGUGGCCCAGCAAGCUGCUGCAACUGCUGCCAACAAUGCUGCUCAAGCUCAGCGAGAGGCUAAAGAGCAUACUUGGAGGGCUCAGCAACAAGCUCGGGAGCUAGCUCAGGCUCAUACCAGGGGGUUGGAUGACUUCAAACGCCAGGAUCCGCCGAGGUUCAGUGGUGAGUCGGAUCCGGAAAACGCUGACCUUUGGAUCCAGGAACUUGAGAAAAUCUUUGGAGUGUUGCAGACCCCUGAUGACACUAAGGUGGUGCUAGCUACGUACAUGCUGCUGGGUGACGCCGAGUACUGGUGGAGGAGCGCCAGACAGAUAUUGGAAGCAAGCAACAGAGUGGUCACUUGGGAUACCUUCAAGAGGGCAUUCCUUGACAAGUACUUCCCUGAGACUGCAAGGGAAGAGAAAGAAACCCAAUUCCUGAAGCUCCACCAAGGAGGCAUGUCUGUUGGAGAAUAUGCCGCCAAGAUGGAGGCACUGUCAAAACAUUUCCGAUUCUUUCAGCUGCAGGUGGACGAGCCCUAUCUGUGCAACCGUUUUAUGAUGGGGCUACGCUACGACAUUAAGGAAAUUGUUAGACCUCUGGGCAUUCGUCAGUUCCAAGUGCUAGUGGAGAAAGCCAGAGAGGUGGAAGCCAUGAAGAACCGUCGGGGAAGCCGACAAGUGAGUGGUGGGCCAAUCUGGUCUAAUCCACAACAACUGAGGAAAGAUGAUAAGGGAAGGAAGCCCUUCCCCAAGAAACCCUACCAACGUCCCCAAGUAAGAGGACACAGUUCAGGACAGCGCUACAGUGUAGUUACAACCAACACCGGGGCACCUAUCCCACGCCCUGAAGUCAUCUGCUUCAAGUGUCACAAACCGGGAUAUUUAGCCAACCACUGCGACGAUAAGGCUUUCAACUGCUGGAAUUGCAACAAGCCUGGACAUCUGUCAAGGGAUUGCAAGGAACCUAAGGCAGAGACAUCUCGCGACACUGAUAGGGGAAAGCGCCCUAUGGCCACGGGAAGAGUUUAUGCAUUGUCUGGACAGGAGGCUUCCGGUGGUAAGAACCUUAUUCAAGGCACCUGUUUAAUAGCUAAUGCUCCACUACUUGUCUUAUUUGAUUCGGGUGCUACCCAUUCUUUCAUAUCUACGGACUGUGCAAGGAAGUUAGAGCUGACUACAACUGACUUGUCUUUUGAUCUUGUGGUGUCGACCCCUGGCACCAAGAGUAUGGUUACAAGGACAGCCUGUCUAGGGUGUUCCAUGACCUACGAAGGUAGGAAGUUCUUCGCAAAUUUCCUAUGCUUACCCCUCGAUCAACUAGAGGUAAUCAUUGGGAUGGAUUAG